AUGCCGCAGGAUGUGCCCUGGAAGCUUCUCAGCACGGACCAGCAGCGGACAGCCCAGCAGGCCUAUGGGGACUUCCAAUCUCAUGAUUACUUGCUCACGUGGCACUGCGAUAGGCGCGGCGUGCCGUUUGCCACAUGGCAGUUUGAAGAUUUCAUCUGCGCUGCGUAUUGGCGCUGUCUCGAUAAGAAAUCCCUGCGCUUGUACCCAUAUACGCUGGGGUACGCUCUGUACGGGGCAGAGUACCCCAUAUUCCACUACAACGAGGGGAAAGCAGGAGUGCCCACAAAGGAUGCCCCGAACUUCCACAAAGCUGCCCGCAUGUGCGCACGUGUCCGGAAUUGGCUUCGCACUACAAUUCUGCAACCGGGAGGGCAGGUGGGGGGCCCGACUUGGGUGCCUGGUGAGAAUGCCUGGCAGUUCAGCCAGAGGGAUCACUUCAAGGUGUACAUCAGGUACCCCCCAAUUGAGGAAGUGCGUUCUCUCCCCACCGAGAUAGUCGGGGACAAAAUGGAGGACCCGGACGUCCAGGACAACCCGAUCCUUGGUAAUGGUGUUGCUGCUGCCGACACCCAUGGUGCUGUUGGUUAG